AUGGGUGACUCUGAUCUUGAACAAAUUAGGCGUGCGCGCCUGCAAGAGAUGCAGCAGCAAGGCCAGGCGGGCGGUCAAGGUGGUCAAGGGGACCAGCAAGAGCAGAAGCAGCAGCGUGAAGCCGAAGCACGCGCAAGCAUCUUGUCGCAAAUCCUCGAACCCGAUGCCGCAGACCGUCUAGGUCGUAUUCGCCUUGUCAAGCAGUCGCGCGCCGAGGACGUCGAGAACAGACUCAUCAUGCUGGCUCGCAGUGGUCAGCUCAAACAGAAGAUCAGCGAGGCCCAACUCAAGGACAUCCUCGGUGCCAUGUCCGAGCAGCAAGAGAAGAAGGAGACUGUCAAGGUGUCGAGAAGAAAAGGUGGAUGGGAUGAUGACGAUCUCGAGGAUCUUCUGAACAGUGAUUGA